AUGGAGCAGGUAAAGAUCCCUGCUAAACAUGUGCAACAAGCGUCCUUACUGGCGGAGGCUCAAGCCGAACCGCUCAUGUGGAAACCUGCGUUCUCGACUCUGAAAUGUGAAAGAGUUCUCGAGUGUUCACGUCGACUACUGAGCAACAACACGCUACUAUUUAAGCUGGUGCGGUGGUUCAAUUUCCGCGUCGAACACGACCGAGCUCAGCCUAAUAGUAUCGACAUUCGAGACACUGAGGCUUCACUUGACAGCAAGAGCACAAGUGCAAAGUGGCAGCUCGCCACGAGCCAAUUCCAGACUGUAGUGACCGAUUCGUUCAAGACGUUGGAGAUGCUCUUUAGCGAUGCGUUGCUGUACUUGGAGGCGGACCAGACCGCCAUCUUCAUGCAGAUGAAAGAGGCCUUCCGCUUGGCAGACAAGGACUGUAGCGGCGAGAUCGACGCGGACGAAGUGGCAGACAUGCUGGAGACCAUCGUCGCCCAGUCUGGCACGGUCAAGCAAGGCGAGAUCCACAAAUACGUCGAGGAAUUCAUGCGUGUGGUGGACAAGGAUAACAGCGGCUUGGUGUCGUUCGAAGAGUUCAUCGAGGCGCUGGAGAACGGCCUCAAGCUCGAGGUGGAGGUGUACACGCAACGUAAACCCAAGGCCUCGGCUCUGGUAGCCAGACCGGAGCAUGUGCUGGCAGCUAUCAAUGAGAACGAGGACGACGAGCCGAAGGAAGCGAAUAGAGUCUCGUCGGCUGCGUCAUCGGAUUCUGCCAUGUGUCGCGAGCACGACGUUCUAAAUGUGAAGGAAUUCUCCAGUAAGCACAUCGCGGCGCAGAUGAAGACUGCGUACGUGGAAUGGCUGCUGGAAGAACGUCGCUACGAGAAGAUGUCGAUGGAGGAGCUCUUACUUCUCAACUGUCUCGUCAGUGGGGCGGAAGGUAUUGCCAAGAGUCUCACAGAGAUGGCAGAGAUCGUCGUAACCUCCUAA